UAGCGUGAGACUAUCAAAACCGGAAGUCCCGCCCACUCGCAUGAUACAGGGAAUAAUGGCAGCUACCACCGAAAGAAACUUAGAAAUGUCCGCCUCUAUAACGGGCAUUUUGAAUGAGCAACACUGCCCUGAACAUUUGCAAGUGUUGAAAACAUUCACGGCCGCGUUGCGAGAGGAAAAAUACAGGGAUGCUGUGGAGGAGGAGGCUUUCUCCAGCCUGCUCCAGGUCCUCAGCAGGCUGUCUGGAGAGCUGCAGGCAGCCCACACAGACGCCGAGGUGGUGGACGCCUUGCAUCUCCAGCUCACUGCCGAGUGCUUCAGGGCCCAGAGGAACUCGUGUGUCCAGAGUGCACGCAACCAGAAACUGCUCAGGGAGCUUGGAUUCAUCGACGUGUCCCUGAAGCUGCUGAGCGUUCUCCAGACGCUGAACUCUGGGAUGGAGGAUGCUGCGUGUGAACCUCUCCGCUGUGGGAUCCAGUUCCUGGGGAAUCUGGCGGUGGGAAACCAGCUCUGCAAAGACGACGUGUGGCGCCUGGGCUUCCCCGACCUCUUCCUGCAGCUGCUGGGUGGGGACGACGAGAAGGUGGUGAACUACACCUCCAUGGUGCUCCACACGUGUCUGGAUGAAGCCAGGGUGGAGGACCUGUCAAAGCCGGAGAAUAUCCAGCUGGCACUCCGGGUGAUGGAGCUCUGCAGGACCCAGCCGGACGUGGACUGGACGGUUCUGAUCGCCACCCAGCAUUUCCUCCGGUCCGUGGCCCUGGUGGAGAACAUGUACUCCGGGAUGUCCCACCAUGAGAGGGUGACUCUCCUGGAGCUGCUCUUUGCCCAGUUAAGGGAGGAGGACUCGGAGGAGUGCGGCGUGCCCCCCGGCGUGGCUCGAUUCCUGGCCACUUCCUUCCAGGAGGGCUGUGGAGCCGUGCUCACGCUGGCCACCGGCUCCGCCUCCAGCGAACAGGUCCUGCAGGAGGCGCUGACGGUCAUCAGCCUGCUGGACGUGCUCUGCGAGAUGACCUCUGACCUCAAACAGUUCAUGUUCCUGCAGGACCACCCCGGCCUGCUGACCACCACCGUGGAGCUCCUGGGGCAGGUGCACGCCAUCGGGAAGUCCAGCAGGAACAUUUUCAGCGCGGCCCAGAGCUUUUCCGUGGGGGGGGAGGACGCCUGCUCCCAUUCGCCCGUGGUCAGCUUUAAGGCCCACCUCAUCAGGCUCAUCGGAAACCUGUGUCACGGCCACGCCCACAACCAGGAUAAGGUGAGAGAACUGGAAGGCAUCCCUCUGAUCCUGGACAACUGCAACAUAGACAGCAACAACCCCUUCAUCGGCCAGUGGGCCGUCUUCACCAUCAGGAACCUCCUGGAGAACAACAUCCAGAACCAGGAGCUGGUGGCGGGUCUGGAGAGGCGGGGCCCGGCCGACUACUCCGCCCUCCGGGAGCUGGGCUUCCUGGUGGAGGAGCGAGACGGGCGCUUGCUCCUCAAACCUACGAGGAAAGACUCCUAAAAGCGCGCCGAGGCGGGAAGGAGCAGCUUCAGACCCUUUUCCCAUCCCAACAAAACGCCCUUAAAAAGCCAAAAAGCUCCUCGCCUCUCAGAGAAGUUUGUGUAACUUGCUUUUCUACCUCGGCAAAGCGAGAUUAGAUCCCAGUGGGGGUCUAAUCCCAGGCCUGGAGGGGUCUCCACGGUAACCAGGAAACGGAGAAAGGACCCAGUCGCGAUGUAAUCCGCCCCCUCCCGGCUUUCCUAAUUAAACUGAGAUUCGUUAAAGACAGAACUCAUAUUAACCGGCUUAUUAUUAAUAUUAAACCCUAAGAACGCCUUAAGAAAACAGAGUUCCCGCAGUCUGUUUCUGCUGGAUUCUAACACCCAGCAUGUUUGAGCAGCCUCUGGCUGCAGUCUGUAGAAGCCUCAGGUGGAUAUCCAACUCCGCCCACAUCCAAGUCGGCCAUUUUGAUUAGGUUA